UUAAAUACUUGGUAGAAUACAUUUUUCUCUACUCUUUUACGGGUGUUGUAGUAGCCAGAAAAGAUAGCGACAGAUAACUACAAAACUGGUAUUCUAUACCAGUACAAAAGUCACAAACGGCUUAUAAAAAGUCGCCUAAUUAAUAAUUAAUUCAUUUGAUAAAGAUUGUAAGUCUCUUUUAGGCUUUGAACAUAAUCCGCCAGAUCCGCAAAGCGAAAUCUCUAAAGCCAGUUGUCCGCGGUUUCUGUAUUUCGCAGUAAAGACUUUACAUAUUUUAUAAAUCUACGGCUCUACUUACACCAAUCUGUCUACAAAUAUCGUUUCUAGGUACGUGUUUCCGAAUGAUUCAGUUAAUAAAUAGUUGGACAUAAAAUAGCUAGUAUGUGAGUAUCUUGCGUUGUACGAUAUUCAAUUACAAUCAACUAGCCAAAUCAACUGACUCAUAUUAUAGACAUAAGCAAAGCUGGUUACUGGUGUUUGUGGUGAGGUGCACAAACAGGUCUCAGUAGUCCACACUCCACAGGCCAUGCAACACACAACGUCACCUGUUUGCAAGAAUCGUACGAAACAAACUCAGCGUGCAGUUUCGAUAGUUGAUAAGCCGUGUCUUCAAAUUUCUUUUCGUAACUCUAUUGAUAUCUCGCUCUACCUGAUCCAAUAACAGUAAGUGUAAGAGAGAGCGACGCCGCACGAUUUGGCGGUAAGCAUCUACUAUACUCGGCUAGGUUCGGUACAGUUCGUUGGAAGUCAGCGGUAGUCGUAGCCGGUAGCUCCGUUGAGCAGCCGCGCGCACUCCCUUCGUGACGCCGCGCGCUCCGCUCCGUAUACCGCCGCUAUAAACAAAUAAUACUCUCCUGACAUAAACACAUUAAUUGUUCAAUGAAAACUAACGAAAGCCUACUCGCUAGUACCGCAGCCCGCUCCGACACGUACUAAGCCGCAGUGGACAGUAAAUCUAGCUGACCGGCCGCAAUGAAUUUAGACAAUAAUAAAGGCUAGGUUAAAAAGCUAUGCUAUUUGGAUGUUUGCAGUGAAAGGAACCGUCGAAAGUAGCGAUUCGGUGUGUAACUGUGCUGCGGUAAUUUUAUAUUAGAUGAAUAAGUGGAGCAUCUGUCCGAGAGUGCAUUAUGUACUUGAGUUAUGAGUGCCGGUGCUUCGCCGACUAGAUUGUGCUGAUUGAGUGCUAGCCAGUCCGAGCGGCCGCGCCGGGCUCGUACGAAACCGCUUCACUCCUCAUCUGAGAGCUCUUUGUAUUCAAAAAUGCCAGCGCUCCGACUACUGGGGCGAAAAUGGCUGGCAGCCUCCGACGAUCUCGUGUUCCCCAGCAUCUUCGAACUACUCUUCAGAUUUGUAUGGCUAGUUCUAAUAGCGUUAGUAGUGGAGGUGCUGUACCCAGUGACAUGGCAGUGUCAGUCAGAGGGUUGGCAAGGCGGAGCGUUCGUGAGGCUGUACCUCUGCGCGACGUUGACGCUGCAAGCUGCGCUGAUGCUGUUACUGGCAGCCCUAGCGCUUCAGUCAGCGAAGGGAACCAUCACCGACCUCGAUGCUAGAAAGAUGGUGUCGCCACUGCUUCUUAUAAAAGUGCUGCUAGUGUUUCCAGAGACGGCCCUAAACGUCAUGGGCACGAUGUGGAUGUUCUGCGAAGUAAUACAAUGUUCAGUCGACGACAAGUUCUCCAGUAUAGUCAUACAGAGCAUUGUCCUAUUCAACUGGGUGCAGCUAGGUCUAACAGUGUUCGGCCUAUUUAUGGUGUUUGAUCCCCUGGGAUCAGUGAACUAUGGAGACAUGCAGGACACCCCCAACCAGGUCCGACAUCACAGGAAGGUCACGGGGUUGUGGUCUCGAAGGUUCCGAUGGGCGUUCUGCUGGCUGAAGAGAGAUGAACAUGGGAAAGAAGCUUUUCAACAGGUUGCAGCUCUCCUAAGCGCCCUAUUCAGAUCAACGGACCUCGUCCCAUCAGACGUGGUGGCAGGCUGCGUUCUACUCAGGGUGCGGCAAAAAAGGGAGACGAGGGAAAUGAGAAGAAUCCAAAUGCUUAACGAUGAAGAGCCAAUAUAUACGACAGAUGUUAAUAAGAUAUUUUCGGAGACACCUCCGUGGAUGAACUUGGAGGACGCCUUGCAUUACCUGAGGCUGUCCAUAGCAGCGUAUGGGUGGCCUUACGUGUUUUAUCGACACUGCUUCACUGGCUUUUGCAAACUGGCCAGACACUUGACCUGCUGUUGCUGCCGGCCUAAAAACAGCAUAGUGACAGAUGACAACUGCUGCAUGUGCAACUUUGCCGGCGUCAAGUACAUGUCGAACCUUCCAGCCGACGAUAUCAUCUUCGCUUCUUUCAACAACCGAGUAUUUGAACUACCAUUCUGCGUGAUAGCGGACCAUGAACGUGAGAGCAUAGUGGUGGCCGUGAGAGGUUCCAUCUCUCUAAGGGAUAUCUUCACCGACUUCACUGCUGGAUCAGAGCGAUUUGAAGCAGAUGGUCUGCCAGAAGACACGGCAGCUCACAAGGGUAUGUCGAUGGGUGCCGCUAAGAUGCUGAAACGCCUGCUGCCCGUGUUAGACCGCGCCUUCGCACAGUACCCUCAGUAUGACCUCGUACUCACUGGUCAUAGUCUCGGAGCAGGAGUCGCAGUAUUAGUAGCAUUAAAGCUAAGGCCGAGAUACCCACACCUUAAAGUAUUCGCGUUCUCAACACCAGCUGGGCUUAUAAGUCGGGAAGCUGCGCGGUUCACGGAAUCAUUUGUGAUGACUGUGGGCGUUGGUGACGAUCUGGUGAUGAGGCUCUCCGUGCACAGCAUCGAGAAUCUAAGGACGAAGAUCAUACAGACCAUUCAUGCCACUAAAUUGCCGAAGUACCGGAUAAUGCUGAAUGGGUUCGGCUACGCGUUAUUCGGGGUUCCCGCGCGGGAUCUAGAAUCAACAUGGCGGCGGCCGGAACAGCUGGAGGCGCAAAAUUCGGAUGACUCCGCCGACGCGCUACUGGUCCAUAGCGUGUCCACAGUGAGUGCUGAAGCAGCGUUAGUAUCACGCGAUGUAUUCGCGCGUCGCUUCUCCUCAGCGAGACUGUUCACCCCGGGUCGGAUACUGCACAUCGUUCGGCGCAAGCGCAUGGGUAUCGAGAAGAAAGUGCGCACAACAGAACCAACGUACGAGAUGAGGUGGGCGUGUCCCGAGGACUUUAUGGAGCUACAAGUAAUGCCACGUAUGUUACUGGACCAUCUACCAGAGAACGUGCAUCGUACCAUACGCACCGUGCUAGAAGAAAGACAUCGCUAUAGAAUUACUCAAACAGUUUAAAGGAAAAAAGUGACAAACGGACACAUUACAAUAAUGUGCUGUUAAAACUUAAUUAUGCAGAACAAAAUAGUGCAAGAUGCUAGUUCUUCUUCACAGCCUAAAAUCGAAGGCUUAAUUUAUACGAGAUUUAAAAUGAUCUGAGUGCCUAGUGCUAAUUCGUAUUACAUUAACGCGAUCGACACGUUUAUGACGUUCGGCGCUUUGAUUGGCUGCUCAAAAUUAACCAGCCAAUCAGAGAGCUGAACACGGUAACGUUUCGAUUUCGUCAUACGUGCUAGGCCCUCUGGCGUAGAUAGCAAAUGGUUGAAUGGACUAGCUACACUAAAUAGGCGUAAGAAAAUUCUUCUGACGAAGAUUUUGAUCAAAAUGUUGAAGUACAAAAUGACUAUUUUAACUUGAUAAUUCUUCACAGUCAAUGUUGAAUCCAAGCUUAAAACCUUUUCGAUAUUUAAUUCGCAAUUUGCGAUAUUAGAAUACUCCAGAUAAAUUUUUGACAAGAAGAUUUUAGUAAAAUAAGCAGCUUAUUGACUUCGCCUCUUUUGUAAACGUUACUUGCCCAAAUUAUAUUGCCUGAUUAAUUUUAUAGCCAUUCUAGAGCUCACGAAGUUAUAUAUCGCACAGGUAUAACAAUAUAAGCACUUAAAUAUAAAUCCAAUUAUGGCAACUAACAGUCCAAUUAUGGCAACUAAUAGUCCAAUUAUGGCAACUAAUAGUCCAAUUAUGGCGGCUUAACAACUUAGCAAAAACCACCAAAUAAGAGCACUUUUUUUAAUAAAUUUUCAUGACGUUUCCAGAGCUAUUAGACAUGACAUUGUGAUUAUAUUUUAUCGUUCCUAAGCCUAACUUGACUCAUAUACCUAUAAAUAGGAACCUUCUGUAAAUACAUACAUAAAAAUAAUCAGAUUUUCAAUAUAAUUGAUAUUAUUGACCGAACCAGUGUCAAAGUCUACGUGUAGAUUAGUAUAAGGACCUGUGAGAAGACUGUGAUGAUAUGAAAAUAUUAAAAUUAAGUGAUGUUUGUGCAUGUAUGCAAGUACCGCAACGGUAGCUAUAAUACGAACAACAUAACUUGGUCUUUUUGCAGUUAGAAAUGUAUAGCUGCCUUUAUCGCUCUUGUUAUAAUUCCAGCUACAUGUCUCGCUCUUUCUGUAUUUGAAACUCUGCAGAGACCAAGGUUAUUUGUCCGUACUGUGUAUUAUUAUUUUGUACAUAAUUUUGUUUAAGUUUAUAGUUUAAGUUUCAAAUUGGUUCCGACAUUUAUUGGCAGAAAUUAUCAAGCAUUUAAAAGCAUUAAUUUCUUAAUUAAAACGAUAAGCCUAAGUUUACUUGAUGAUGUUUGUCUACGCAAAACAAAAAAUGUCAAUUUCUACCAAUAUAUGCCAGAGCCUUUAAACUCACCACAGAUUACAAACUAAAUAAUCGGUCAAUGAUUUUAUUUUAUGCAGAAAUAUCUUUCAUAAAUAAUCAAUCUAUUGGCCGAUUAUAAGUUUGUAAUCUGCUAUACCUAUUUCAAUGUUUUAGGGAACUAUACCUCGUCCCAAUGUUUAACAUAUCAACGUUAAAAACGUUAUUCUUUCAAAUCUACUGUUCCUCUUCAAUUUCAUUUUAAAUUGUAAAAACAAUUUAUUUGCUCAAUAAAAGCAAUUUUAUUUUGUAUAAUCUCUAAGUAAGUUUCUUUGUGUAAAUUCUACUGCCAAAGUGUUGGUUGAAAGAUACCUAAUUUUAAUUUUGUUCUAUACUCCUCUGUGUCUAUUUACGUAUUUUGAAACCGUAUCUGGUGUUUAAAUAUAAUUAAAACAUUAUAUAAUUAACAUUUUACCCAUUUAUAGAACAAUUAUCAGUAGAAAUGUUGGCUAAAAGCCUUUUGAUAAUUAAAUAUUGACAUCAAUAGAGGUAUGUAUUACAUGUUGUAUUAACCCCAUUAACGUACGUCACGCCAUCUAUGUUAACAAGUUAUUAGAUGAACAACACGAAAUUUCACUUCACUGCUGGUCAGUGUCGUAAUUCGUUUAUUUUCUAUAGUUGCUAUUUUAAAUUUUAUUAACUUGACGCCCGAUUACUGGAAUGAAACUCAAAAUAGUUGUCUUGCGAUUAUUCUUUUAGACGGAAUUUGGAAUCAUGUGGUAGCUUUUGGUGAUGGCUUGUCUCCACAAUGGCACUGAUAAAAUAAAAAAAUCUCUUUUGAAGUAGCUGUACUGUAUGUGCACCUAUUUAUACCUAUACCUGAGUGAUAUUACCCUCAUAUAGUUGAGUGGCAUUUCAGUACUUGGACCUAAUACUUGCGCAGCUACCACUAAGUACAAUAACUAGACACUAGAAGUAGCUUAAAACGUUACCGAAGUCAAUUAUGUAAUAAAUUAUCUACAUUGCAUAAUAGUAACAUUAAUGUAAGUACAUUUAAGUAUAAAUUAUUUUCAUUGCUUACAAAAAUGCUCUAGUGACAGAUAAUCUGUAUUAAAUAUUUGUAAAGAUGUAUUUUUGUAAACUUAGGACGCCUUAGGUGUAUUUUAAUGAGGUUCCCUUAGUUACCAAGCGAACAAACUGUUGUAUACUUAAUUAUAUAACGUUUUAUAUAAAUCAUAGCUCUGUAUAUAAAAAUAUAAUGAGAUUUAAUAUUUUUAAUUGUCUCAACAUUGAUCAAAAAGGUCGUAUAUCUUUAUUUUUUUACAAACUCUGCUGUUUUGUCUAUGCUUUUUAAAAAGUUUUUGAAAAUGCAUCUCCAUUUUUGAAAGUAGGCCUCGUUAAUAAACGUAUUGUCGUAGGGACCUACAUUUUAUUCAAUUUGGGUCCGUUUUUAAUAUCUCUUGUAAUGUAACCUGAACCUCGGGAACAAAAUUAUUGUGACUUGAUAAAAAUAUACUCUGACUUCACUUUGAGGUGAUAUUUUAUGUAAAUAAAGCAUUUAACUUUGAAUAAUUUUACAUUCCAAUUUGUAUUCUGUAGUUCACAGUCCGUGAGAGUAUUAAUGUCGUUUUUUUUACUUUUUUAAAUAAAUACUCUUUUAUUUGAGCUGUGCUGAGAAAAAGAAUAUCUUCGAAGAAGAGUAAGUUCACUGUGUACCUUCAAAAUUGUUAUUAUCAUAAGCUAUUAAGUUUUUUAACAAAUUACGUGAUAAUAUAAAAAAAAAAUGUUAUGCCUUUUCUUGGUGUUUCAUUCAUUCAAAUAUUUCAAUACGUUACUAAGAGAACAUAUAUAUAUAUAUGUUACGUCAAUCUCAAGAUACUAUGUGACAAGUUGUUAGUAGAUAUAUUUUAUGAUAAAACUUCUGUAUGUUUGUAUAUAAUGUUGGUUUAGCGUUCAGUACCGCGGAUAUGUUACUUAAUACUUUUUUUAUUACUUUUCAUAGUUUAUACGAAUUGGUACUGACGCGACGUGUAUUCAAGUAUUAGAAGGACUCGUGUUCUUUUCACUUGUACCCUAAAUUAGGGCUUUAUAAUCUCUUUCACCUAUGUAAUAGAGUAUAGCCAAUGUCUUGUGUUGGGUUUUGUUUUAAUUUAUAAAUAAAAUCUAUUUUAAGUA